AUGCAUUCACGAGGCUAUGCCCAUGGAGAUAUCCAUCUUCGCAACAUCUUAGUUAAACUCCCAUCAAGUUUCGAUCAGCUCUCGAUCAAGCAAUUAUAUGAGGAAUAUGGCAAGCCUGAGACAGUCCCCAGUACGCAGCGCAACGGCAAAUCACUUCCACCCAGUGUCCCCGCAAAGGCAGUGAUCCCACUCCGCCUUGGGAAAAAUGCAGAAGAAUUCUCACUGUCUGACGCGCGCAGGUGCUUCUUAGUGACUUUGGCGAGGCAUUUGCCCCCAGCCUUGGAGGUUCGUCGCGGGGAAGACUGUCACACGCCGUUAGCUAUGCGGCCCCCCGAAGCCCGAUUCGAUCCGCAGGCCCCGCUCUCAUUUUCAGCAGACAUUUGGAGCCUGGCCACAACAAUCUGGGAGAUUCUUGGUAUGAAGGCUAUUUUCAGUAGCGAAUUCGCGACUGCGGAUGACAUAAUCUCUCAGCAAAUUGAUGUGCUGGGACCAAUGCCCUUAAUUAAGCUGAAUGGACGUCCGAAAGAAUGCCGGGAUGUGUGGCCUCCAAUUGAUGAAGCAUUUGAGGAAGAAGUGCAGAAGUAUCGGCGGAAGCGUGGAGUAGGUGAGUUUGACGGGGAGGAAACGGUCGCUCUCCUAGAAUUGAUGCGUCAAAUGCUAGCAUUCCGGCCAGAAGAGCGACCAACAGCCGAAGAGGUCCUCAAGUCAGAGUGGAUGGUACAAGUGGGUGUUGCCUGA